UCUGCCGAUGGCCCAACGUCAACAGGAACCCCUCUGAAGUCUUGGAACCUAAAUCCGGGAACCGUGGAGUGCGAUCAUCGGGAAAUGCAGGCCGUACAUUGGGUGACCAAUUCAAUGCUAUCAGGAAACAACCAAUCCAUCGAGGUGCCUUAGGUGGUGCUUCACCAAUGCAGGUCUACUAUGUAGUGACUGCACGCUUGUCGAAAAGGAAUAUUUAAAGCGGCUAUCCCGCCCACGUCGCAUAAUGUAGCCUCCAUUCACAACAUCAUCAAAAAGCCAUUUCUACUCCAAGACAUCUUGAAUACUCUAGAAAUCUCUCUCAGUUACUUUAGCUUUCUUUCCGAUUAAAAAAAAAGUCGCCCAAAAUGUCUCCUUCGACCAUCAUCCUGAUCACUGGUGCCAACCAGGGCAUCGGCUACGCAUCAACCAAGGUGAUCGCCUCCAGCUCAGACAAGUACCACGUCAUCGUCACGGGGCGCACGCUCGAGAAGGCGGAAAAGGCCGUGGAGCAGCUCAAGGCCGAGGGCGGCCUCAAGGGCAGCAUCUCGGCGCUGCAGCUCGACCAGACCGACGUGGCAUCGGUGGAGCGGGCGGCGGCGGCGGUCGACAAGGAGUUUGGCCGGCUGGACGUGCUGGUCAACAACGGCGCCAUGGGGUGGCAGUGGCACGGCGACAUCCAGAGCCAGAUGUACGAGUACUUUGUCGACAUCAUGGCCACCAACGUGGCCGGCCCCUUUAGCGUGUCGCGCACCUUUCGCCCGCUGCUCAAGAAGUCGUCGGACCCGCGCUCAAUCUACGUCAGCAGCGGCAUGGGCUCGCACGAGUUCAUCCAACAGAACCCCAUGGCGGCCAAGAGCUACGGCGAGAGCGGCAUCCCGUACCCCGUCACCAAGGCCGCGCUGAACAUGGUCGCCGAGCUCGAGGCCAUCGUGCACGGCGACGAGGUCAAGACAAAGGUGUUUUUGUUCUGCCCGGGCUUGGUGGUUUCCAACCUGAGGGGUCCGUCGGAGGAGAUGAGGCAGAUGGGAGGCAAUGCCGGUGACCCAGCAGUCUCUGGGCAGACGCUCCUGACCAUUAUUGAGGGCAAGAGGGACGCUGACCUUGGACGGGGCACAGUCCACAAGGACGGUGUUUACGCGUGGUAGAGAGCUGCGUGUCGUUGGCUGACACAAAGCAGGGUUAUAAUAGGGAGGCGACGUAAUACCAGGCGAAUAGAUGAAAUAUAAUAGACGCAUCAUUCUUUUACGAAACUGGUCAAGAGACAAGACGCAGGUAAAUAGGUGAAUAUUUCUUGGCUUAGUCUAGUAGUAAUAGGGAAGUCGGGGAUCCACUAUCACUUGUUGAUCUCUGCAUCCAAUCCAUACGCCUCGGUCAACAUGGCCCGCCAUUUGACACUUGAGCCAUGAACUCCAGUAGCAUCCAUCUUGCA